CUUCCAAGUUUCACAGCGGAUUCAUCUCUCUCUCUCUCUCUCUCUCUCUCUCUCUCUCUCCCUGUUCUGUUCUUCUCCGGUUUUGCCGAACCACCAGCGAUGGCCCAACAGCGCGAUAUCAAUAUGAACACAUCAAUGCCACCCGCCGCCCAAAUCCAAUCUCGACCUCCACUUCCUCCUCCACCGCCAGUCCAAUCCCAGUUUCAACCCCAACAGGACCUUUUCUCAGCCGUCAAGCGCCGCCGCGAGGAAGAAGACCCCAUGGCGGCCGGGGUAACCGAAGAAUCGGCUCCGAAACGAUUGGCGAAAGCCCAGGACGUCAUUUUCCGUAUCGUGGUCCCAUCAAGGCAGAUCGGUAAAGUCAUCGGUAAAGGGGGUCAUAGAAUUCAAAAGAUUCGUGAAGACACCAAAGCCGCCAUCAAGGUUGCCGAUGCAAUCGUUCGACAUGAAGAACGGGUCAUAAUUAUAAGCUCUAAAGACAACGACAACAUGGUGUCUGAUGCGGAAAAUGCGCUUCAGCAAAUAGUUGCCUUAAUCCUAAAGGAAGAUGAUAGUAGUACAGAGGCAGCAAAGGUAGGUGCUGUCAGUGCGGGACAUGUGGCUGCAAAUACAAUAAGACUUUUGAUUGCUGGAUCGCAAGCUGGUUGCUUAAUUGGGAUGUCUGGUCAAAACAUUGAGAAAUUGAGGACUUCUUCGGGGGCGUCGAUCACAAUUCUUGCUCCUAAUCAGCUGCCAUUGUGUGCAUCUGCUCAUGAAUCUGAUCGAGUUGUUCAGAUAUCAGGUGAUGUUCCAGUGGUAUUGAAGGCUCUGAGUGAGAUUGGUUAUCUACUCAGGGAAAACCCACCACGGCAGGUGAUUUCUAUUAGUCCGGCAUAUAAUUUUAACUUGCUUCGACCAGCUCUGCCUCAGUCAUAUGUGGACCCAGCUUCAGCUGAUUUUGUAACUUUCGAGAUGGUGGUUUCGGAGACAUUUAUUGGUGGAUUGAUUGGUAGAUCCGGCUCCAAUAUUUCGAGGAUCAGAAUUGAGUCUGGAGCAACAAUAAAGGUUUAUGGUGGGAAAGGAGAACAAAAUGUGAGGCAUAUCCAGUUCACUGGUAGUUCUCAGCAGGUUGCCUUAGCAAAACAGAGGGUUGAUGAAUGCAUUUAUUCUCAGAUGAUACAACAAUCUGGUACUCGACAACCAGGUUUACAGAUGUGAUGAAGCUGCAGCGAAAUAUCAUUUGGCUUAUUCGCAGUUCAAGGCCACUAUCGUCUCAGUGUUGCACCUUUUGGCCUUGUAGCUAAGACUGUGAGUCAUUACAUUAGCUUUUUUCUCCAUGGAAAGACAUAGUGAUGUGCCAGAUUUUAGUUUGUUGUUUUCACAUAUAGAGUAGGCUUGUAUUCUAGUAAUGAUUGAAGCUAGAAGCUAUGGUUGAAGAUUGAAGAUCAUAACAAUUAAUUUGAGAAACAUGAUUAACUGUAAAAUUGAAUUGUUCCUCGUUACUGAUUUGUUGCAUAUGAAUGUAUCGGUUAUGCCCUGGUGGGAUGACACCCUAAGCUAUUGGUUGAGAUAUUACUUGUUAGUUACAUUCCUUUGCAUUUAACCGGGUUACCAUAUUUUCCUCGAAUCAUGCAGCACAAACUGAGCCCGCUGAAGCUGUUACCAGGUUUAGUAUUUAAGAGACAAAUUGAUGAUUCUUCUUUCUUUUUUUUCUUUUUUUUUCCCCUUAAAAUUAGCUACAGAUCUCUUUACGUUCUCAGUUUAGAUCUCUAUCACAGACAUUAGAAUGUAUACGUUGGCACUCGACGUCUUCAAAACAAUCACCGCUCCGUUAAGAGUAUUUGCAGAGUCAUACAUAGCCUUUCAAAUCAGUACAGCCCAACGAGAAUAAAAGAUCCGUUCUAUUAAAGCCCAUGAACAAAGACCAACAUUGGCCUGGAAGCAAAAUAAUUCCUCUGCUAACAAGCCCAAAUAUCGCUUGUUUUCCCAUCAUGGGACGACUACGCUGUACAAAGGGAAGCCAAGAUUUAUUGUUAAAUCCCAAAUAUGAUAACCUAAAAAUUUCAAUCGA